AAAAUGACGAAGCUGGGCAGGUCUAUUGUGGUCGUUCCUCCACUCCCAACUCUUCACUUCUACUUUGUUCCAGGAUGCAGCAGUAGGGAUGGGCUGCCAAUUUCUUUCGCCUUGUUUUCUCAUGUUUUACGUAAGUAGGGAGGUGAGACUUUGCAUUUUGGUUUCUUUUCUUUUGCAGGUCAGCCUCGCUUCCUGAGUUAAUAAAGUUAUAUUUGUUAUUCUGGCCUGGGCCCACCCCGAAGACCAAGCUGCUGUUUUGCUGAGUUUGUAUUAUCUUUAUAUAGUUUGUAAAUAACCCACUUAUUUGUUCAAGUGCACAACCUGCAUCCUGGGGUUUCUCUGUGGCUUUGGAGUGAGGAAAGGUGUGCACUUAUUCAUGCCAUGCCCUAGGGUCCCCUAACCAGGGUGUAACAUCUGUGUCUGUUGAAGAGUCUGUCUUACAUUUUUUGGAGCUGGUAUAUAUGCUAACACUAGUAUAUUAGAUUGAAACAAAUAUUCUGCUGACAGGAAAGUUUCACAUAUUUUGACUAUUUUUGGGUAAAAUAAUAAAAAAAAAGUCUUUCUGUCACUCACAUGAAUGUCAUAUGACUGUAGUGUCAGUGGAUGGAAGUGAAAGCUGCUCUUCCUCUUAUACCAUUCCAGCAGAGAUUUUUAUUUUGUCAGUGGUCGAUGAGAUGUGAUGCAAUUAAAACAGACUGUGAACUGACAUCUUCUCUGCAUUUCAUAAGUGGAUCUUAACCAUAACCUUCAAAGAAGAUGAAGGCGUUUGUGGUUUUUCUGCUCCUUUUACACGUUUCCCAGCAUGCACUGGCUGUUGUGGUGCAGGCGUAUGAGGGGGAGCCGUCCACCCUGCUGCCCUGUCAGUUUUAUGACCAUUUUGCUAUGAUGCCUGAAGACCCCAUAGUAUCUUGGAUUCGCAAUGAUCUCAAUCCCAAAAUCAUCCAUCAACUUAACGAUGAUGGUGAUGAUCUUACAGAGCAGAAUGAACAUUACAAAGGACGCACAUCGAUGAAAACUAAUGCUCUUGACUCUGGGGACUUCAGCCUCACUCUGAAAAAAACCCAAAUAUCAGACAGCAGCAACUACACCUGCACCGUCUGGACGGGAUAUGAAGAGCUGAGAUUAAUAGAAAUACAGCUGCAGGUCAAAGAUGAUCAGGUGGUGGUGGAGGCACGGAAGGGGGCAGAGUCGGUCAGUAAAACAUCACCUCAUCUGCCUGAAGACACCAGAGUGGAGUGGACUCUCCUUGACCCUGUAAGGAUGUUGGUCCAAGUGGUCCGUGUGUAUCAGAAUAAGAGAGAUGACCUUAGAACACACACCUCAUGGGCUCACACAGAGAUGGAUAAAGACCUGCUGAAAACUGGAGACCUCAGUCUGACCAUUAAAUAUCCCACAAACAGAGACAGAGGAACAUACAUCUGCACCUUCUAUGUGAAAGGAGACACCAUGAAACAGAGAGUAGCGCUACAUCCUGGUCCGUUCUGUAGACACAGUUUAAAGUCAAAGUUUGAAGAAAGGAAGCUCUAAAAGAAUGUUUUUCAGUCAUCCACAGAGAAUGUUCCAUCCUGGAUCGUAGCUCUCCUUACUGUCAUUUCUGCUGUACUUAUCAUCACUGGAUUUGUCUUAUUUUAUAUUCGAGCCCAUAUUAAAUCAGGUGUGUUAUUCCACUACAUCAGAUGCUGUUGUGGUCAAACACACAUGACCCAACUCUCACACACUUCACAGAAAACACAAAGAAAAAAUUUUCACACAUAUGUUGGCGGUAACUUGUCAAGUGAGAUGAAAAUCACACCUGUUGUGGUUCCAGGUUUGUUAAACUGACCCAUGAGUCACUGCUAAUCUGCUACUGCUACGAGGGUCACACAGGAGUGUGUCAGACUAUUGUCCAACACUGAACUAAUGUCCACUGUUCCAACAUUAUCAUGUUGUUCAUUUCUCCAUGGACUUUAAAUCAGAAUCUAUAAACUUAGCCUGGCUGUUGACACAAUAUUACAUUGAAAAAGCAUGAAGUGUAAGUUCAAUCAGAUGCUUCCACUGUCAUAAUAUGUUCAUGUAGUUCUUUCCAUUACCUGUAGUUAUGGCCAAAAACGUGAUUUGCGAUGUCACAACCUUAUUGACCUCUGAUUUUGGAUGGGAAAGAUGAGACAUAUUCAGUUUUUGGUCCUUUUUUUAUAUUUUUGCUGUGAUUUUGACAUUUGGCUUUGAUGAUAUAAAGAAGAAAUGAGAUAGAAAAAUAAUUAAUUAUUUUAUUUGAGAUUUGUCUACAUGACAGACUGUAGAGCUGUUGUAAAUGGACCUCACAUUUCUCAGCACCUGAAACUUUCACUUGUCUUACAAAAUGAUCAUUUACCUAAUGGCAGAUCUUACAGAUGAUGUUAUAAUUUACCCGUCUACAAAUAAGAUGGUAAAGAUCAUCGCAGAGAUCAUCUGAUUGUUAUGAAACCAACAGUUUUCAAACAUGGUUUCACUUUUUCAGCCCCAGUAGUUGCUCUUUGGUUUAGACCACUGAGGAGCCAGACAGUAGGAAAGGUCAACAACUAAUGUCAGUAGACACACACACACACACACCUACGCACACGCGCACACACACACACACACACACACACACACACACACACACACACACACUCACCUACACACACGCACACACACACACACACACACACGCACGCACACACACACACACACACACACACACACAGUAGUUUAUGUGAUUUCAUUCAACAUAUUCAAUAAAACAUUCAGUUUUAAUGUUGGGUUCCUAUUGAUUCAACAGAGUUAAGGUGGAUGUAAACAGAUAAACAUCUAAGUCCAUCUUCACUCUGUCUUCUCUCUAGACCCCAGUAGAGGUCAAAGGUCACUGCUGUAGCAGUUAGGUACAGUUACGGAAAAAAUUAUUAGACCACCCUUGUUUUCUUCAAUUUCUUGUUCAUUUUAAUGCCUGGUACAACUAAAGGUACAUUUGU